AAAACAACAGCAACCAAACAUGUCACCGCAGUUAAUGAACUGAAUUUUCGAAGGAAGCAGAGGAAAGAGACCACAGCUUUCUGCCUCUAAUUAUCCUGUUUGUGCACCAGAAAAAAGUGGGUUCUAGCCCACUCAAGUUGCAACAGUGCUCUACCGGGACUGCCUCACUUCAUUGGAUUCUGGAUUUUGCUUUGGAGACAGCAACACAAUUUGCCUGACAAGCCAAUGUGGAAAGACCUGCUGGAGGAUCGCUGCUCCUACCAGUCACUCUAAACAAGUGUGUCUGAGAACCUACCCACCGAGGAGUUCUGCAAUGCUCACAGCCGUCUGUGGUUCUCUUGGCAACCAGUGUUCGGAGACACCCCGUUCCUCUCCAACCCACGUAGAGCUGCAGCCUCUGCAGACCUUCCAGCCCCACACCAGCCCAGAUAGCGGGGGAGAUUUCCCGUCCCCUCUGCAACCCACGGAGCUUCAGCACCUGCCUUUGGCUGGGCCCGACGCAGAGUAUUCUAGCAAUGCUGGUUACGAGCUGCAUGGGGCUUCAAGGUUAGACCUGGACAGCGAAAGCCAGCUGGCCCCUGGCCCGUACUCUAAGCUCCUACAGGCAGCUCCAGAUAUGGCUCACCACUAUGAACCUUGGUUCAGGCCUACCCAUCCGAGCAGCGGCGCUGACGAUGGCGGCAUCAAUCCAUGGUGGGAUCUCCAUGCCGGAUCCAGCUGGAUGGAGCUUCAGAGUGGUCUCCAGCCGCCAGGCCACACAGGCGGACUUCAGCCAGGGCUGGGUGGCUAUGGCACGGCAGAACAUCAGCUCUGUGGCCCACCUCACCACCUGUUGCCUUCAGGGCCACACUUCAUGGGCCAGGAAGUGAUCAAGUCCCUGGAUUCUACUCAGGAGCCCCACCCGAUGGAGCAGGCUGGGGAUGGUAGCGGUAGGCCAAAGAGCUCGAGGCGCUCAGUAACCCGGAGUUCUGGCCAAACCGCCUGCCGGUGCCCUAAUUGCCAGGAGGCUGAAAGGGUGGGCCAGUGCCCUGACAACUCCAAGAAGAAGCACCUCCACAACUGCCACAUCCCUGGCUGUGGCAAGGCCUAUGCCAAGACAUCCCACCUGAAGGCCCACCUGAGGUGGCACAGUGGCGACCGCCCCUUUGUCUGCAAUUGGCUGUUUUGUGGGAAGCGCUUCACCCGCUCUGAUGAGCUGCAGAGGCACCUUCAGACCCACACGGGAACCAAAAAAUUCACCUGCCCUGUUUGCAACCGGGUCUUCAUGAGAAGUGACCACUUGAGCAAGCACAUGAAGACGCAUGAAGGCGCUAAGGAGGAAGGAGAAGGAGAGGCCAAAGCUGGGACAGAGCCUGCCGCAAAAGUCAAACGGGAACCUGACGGAAGCUCUUCGAGUGCUGCUUCCCAACCCAACUGAGUCUUUCUUCCUCGCCGAGGAUGUCCCCUCUCCAUCUCUCCACAACGGUGCCUCCUGGCCUACUGACUUGUCCUCCUUGCUCAAGGCUCUGGGAUCACACGACACCCUCUAAGCCUGAACUUUAUUCUGUCCUUGGAAGGAGAAGUUAUUUAUUCCCUAGGAGGAAAGGACGAUGUUGUUGGGACACACUGGGAAGGGCCACGCCCUUGAGCAGCUUUCGGCUGGGUGUGUUGAAUAUGUGUUUGGGGAGUAUGGGAGGGAUAUUUUUGAAGGAUGGUCUUUGAGGUGGGUUGGGCUAAGUGGAAUCUUCGGGGCAGAUAUAAAUGGAGGGAUAUGGGCCUUACCUGUCUCCAUCUUGAAUGAUGGGUUUCUUGUCUCUAUUAUACACAGGGAACACACAAGUGUGUUAACAGUUAUGGUGGAAUGACAUUCUUUAGUUUAAGCUUGUAGAGAUUUAGGGGGUUGGAUCCACUAUUCAACUCCCACCCACCCCAGGUCUCUGAUUUAGUAGGUAACAAGGCUACCCUAGUUUUGUAGGCAAAAUAGCUACCACACCUCCAUUUCUUUUUUUGGAAGGAUAAUGGGCAGAAUUGUUGGCUUGUGUCUUAGAUUGCUACCUUGCUCUGUUCCCAAAGCCUCUAAGGCCCUCAACCUUAUCCUUAACUAUGGGUGUUUUCACAAGUGGCUCUGAAAGUACAUUUUAGUUCCCCUUGUGGUACUUUAUAGCCCUUGUAACCUAAUAAAUCAUGCACUACAGAUUUAUUUUAAAUUUUUCUUAAGGACCAGGCUGAAAUGUGAGUUUAUACGCAUAUUCAGCACUUUCUUUAAAUCACCUGUGAAAGGAUAUAGUCUCCAAAACUGUGUUUAUACCCUUAACUAGCUUCCAGGCUCUCUCCCAAUAGACAUUCCUGAUCUUAAAAUGCUAGGAGCAGGAGACUGCUCCUGUAAUGUGAAUCUUCCUAAGGUGUUUGUAACAUCACAGGAGUGUGAUAAAUAUUUAAAAACAAUCUCUUAAGGAGUUGCAAAAUCCAAAUUGAACGCAGACAUAUCAGCUGCUUCCAUACUAGGUGUUUAGUGUGGAAUAAUGCCCUGUUCAUUCACAUUUGGGGUGUGUGUGUCCAAUACAGCAUUGUUAUCCAUUUAUAAUCUUCCCUGUGUUUCUUCUGUCUUUUCUUACCGUAGAAAAUCUAUCAUUUUCUUAGAAGGACAGAAGACUGUAGAUGCCCUUAGAAUUACCCUUCCAUCUUUUUUAGAAGUGUUGUGUCGACAUGGACAGUGAUGUAUCCAGCAGGUGAACAAGUCUGGGUUUGAUAACCCUUUUUAAGUGAGCUGUUAAUUAGUGAAAAUACACACACACACACACACACAC